AUGGACGGGGGUACAUUCACCCACGUCUUGUAUCCUCGACAGAGCCAAGGGGCCAAUCGAAAUCAGGGCUCCAACUCACUGUCGGGCAUCAUUUCCACCCUCGUUCCUACCUUGGUCAUUGCGGUCGUCGCGUUUACCGCUUUUCUCUUCGUUCGCAGUCGCUAUAGCCGCGUCUAUCGACCUAGAACCGACGACAGGAUCUUGGACAAGGGAUGGACCACUCCUCGUUCCGGCUCGGGCUUCUUUGGCCUCCUGCGCAAUUACAAGUCUCUCCCCGAUUCCUACGUUCUAGGCCACAACUCCCUUGACGGCUAUCUCUGGCUGCGCCUACUCAAGGUCUUGAUUUUGGUGAGCUUCGUGGGAUGCUGCCUUACUUGGCCUGUGCUGUUUCCUGUCAAUGCGACAGGACAUGGCGGCGAAGAGCAACUGGACAUACUGAGCAUGAGUAACGUGGCCAAUCCCAACCGAUACUACGCCCACGCUGGCAUUGCCUGGAUCUAUCUCGGUUUCAUUACCCUUCUGAUCGCGCGCGAGAGGCUCAACUUUGUCGGUUUGCGACGAGCGUACUUUCUCUCUGCUGCGCAUGCCCAACGCCUUUCCUCGAGGACCAUUCUGCUCAUGGGUCUCCCCAGCGACUACAUGGAGGAGAAGGCUCUCCGUCAGAUGUUCGGCCCCCGUGUUCGCAAGAUCUGGCUCCAGACAGACUGCAGUAAGCUUGAAGACGAUGUGAAAGAGCGGCAGAAGACCGCUCUGAAACUGGAGGGCGCCGAGAUGAAGUUGAUCAAGCAGGCCAACGCCAACCGCCUGAAGAGUCAAAAGAAGAACAAGACUCCAGAAUCUGCUGAGGCGGUCGGCUUGGAACCCAAACGCUGGAUCAACCAGAAGAAGCGUCCUUCACACAGACUCAAGCCCCAGCUCUGGAAGAAGGUGGAUACUAUCAACUGGUCGCGUGGGAAACUCGAGGAACUCAAUCGUUUCGUUCCAGAGCAGCAAACUGAGCACCUCGACCUGAAACACACUAAAGUACCUGCUGCAUUCAUCGAGUUUGACAACCAGACCGCUGCUCAUAACGCCUACCAGUCGGUCGCACGCGAAUCCCGGACCAAAUUCUCCCCUCGAUACAUCGGCGUCCAGCCCAACGAGGUAGUCUGGAAAAACUUGGGUGUCAGCUACACCUCCAGAAAGUCUAAGAUGUUGAUCGCAACCAUUGUCAUCUGGGUCAUGGUCAUCUUUUGGGCAAUUCCCGUGGCUUUUGUGGGCGCUCUGUCCAACAUCAAUUAUCUGACGAACAAGGUGCACUUCCUCAGCUUCAUCAAUGAUAUCCCCAAGGUCAUCUUGGGUGUUGUCACGGGUCUACUGCCUGUGGUGCUUCUGGCAGUCUUGAUGGCUCUCGUCCCCAUAUUCUGUGGGCUUUUGGCAAAAUUUGCUGGAGAGCCUACCUUGUCAGCGAUUGAGCUCAAAGUCCAGUCGUGGUACUUCAUCUUCCAGGUGGUACAGGUCUUCUUGAUCACCACAUUCACGUCCAGUGCCAGCGCCGUGACCACACAGAUCAUCCAGAAUCCUGGCUCUGCGCCAACUUUGCUCGCGAAAAACCUACCCAAAGCAUCCAAUUUCUACAUCAGUUACUUCAUCCUCACCGGUCUAUCACAGGCGGCUUUGCAACUGCUGAACAUUGUGCCCCUGCUCAUGUACUCUGUGGUGGGCAAGUUGUUGGACAAGACGCCGCGGAAGCGAUACAAUCGAUUCACCAACAUUGCUGGAAUGGGUUGGGGCUCGACAUAUCCCAAGUUUGUCCUCUUGGGCGUCAUUGCCAUCACAUAUGCGUGCAUUGCACCGCUGAUCUUGGGAUUCGCCACGAUUGGAUUCUGUCUUCUCUAUCUGAUGUUCAGAUACAACUGGCUUUUCGUCCUGGGUAACAAGGUCGAUAUGAAGGGCGAGGCCUAUUCUCGAGGUUUGAAACAACUUAUGACCGGAGUGUACCUCGCAUCUAUCUGUCUCAUUGGCCUUUUUGCAAUUGGCUGCAGUAAGAGCGCCAGUAGCGCCGGGCCAUUGGCUAUUAUGGUGGUGUUCUUGGUUGUCGUCAUCAUCUUCCAGGUCUUGUUCGACCGCGCGAUUGCUCCCAUGGAACAACAUAUGCCGCUGGAGCUGUUGAACAGCAACAAGUACAGUACGACCAUCAUGGAGCAGCUGAUCGAUGAGAAACAAUUCAGCCAUGGAGACAUCGAAGCAGAGUCGUCGGUCCGUGCGGACUCCGUUCCAACAGAGACAGGAUUCGCCAAAGAGGAAAGUGUUGGCGAUACCCCUGGAUCUCAGGCUCAGUCAAAAUCGCCACCGUUCAAUUUCUUGAGUCGGCGCAUUGAGCCGAUAGCUCUCAAAUUCUACGAAGCUAACAAGAAGAUCAUUCCCGACUCGGCGGAUUCAGAGACAUGGAUCCCAGGAUACACCUCGGAGGAAUACGAACAUGCGUACCUGAACCCUGCGAUCACCGACCCCAGUCCUGUCAUCUGGCUUGCUAGGGACGGAUCUGGUGUCAGUGGAUUGAUGGUUGCCGAAAACAGAGAAGCGGGAAUUCAAAGCACCGAUGAACGAGCCGAGCUGGAUGAGAAGAACAAGCUGGUUUGGAGCGAGGAGCAAGUCAAAGAGAUGCCCUUGUGGCGAAGAUGGGUUAGGUAUUGA